AUGCUGGGCACCGUUGGGGGCAGCUUCAGCAAGGAGAGUGGGUACUACGUGGCGCUGGACUUUGGGUCGGAGCAGCAGACGUUCUGGUUGCAGAUCGACACCACCACGCCCGUCUCCUGGCUCUCCUGCAACUGCACUCAGUGCUCCACUGGCUUCUCCAACGGCCCUUCGUCCCCACCAUUCGAACCAGCGGCGUCCAAGACCAACGUGCCGCUCACCUGCGCCGACAAGACCUGCCUCAGCAUGUCCUUCGUCUCUGGAACCGCAGCGGUGGGGUGCGGUAUGGCGCGGUCGCUGCCGGGGGACCCGGACGCGUGUGAGUACGCGCAACGGAAUGGCACACUGUCCAAGACUUACGUGAUCUUUGGCUGUGGCAGCUACCAAACAGGCAGUCUCUCCGGUGUCUCCCGAGCCCCCGACGGCGUGUUUGGGCUGGGGCGGGGCAUCCAGUCGAUAGUCUCCGUGGCAGCAGCGCAGGCCGUGUGGGCGGACACGUUCGCGCUGUGCCUGGAGGGAGAUCCGUAUGCAAAAGGCAGCUACGUGGUGCUGGGGACGAGUUUAGGGCCCACUGGCGCGCAGUGGACCACCUUCAUUGAGAUUGCUGACAGGCACGCGUCUCUUUCCGUCUCCUCACGCUACUGCACACCUCCAAUCACACCUCUCUCCAUUCUCCCCCCUUCCUUCACCCCCUCUUCCCCCUCUUCUUCUCCGCCCAGUCCCCUCUACUUCAUUCACAUCAAGGGCGUGUCAGUCGCUGGCACGCUUCUCUCCAUCCCUCCGCGCAACUUCCGCCCGCCCACCCCAACGGGAGAGGGCGGGGCCGUGCUCGACUCCUCCACCACCUUCACAGAGCUACCAGCAGACGUGUUCCGCGCUCUCAUCACCGCGGUGGGUGAAGGCACCUGCAAGGGAGAGGGCGGGGCCGUGCAGGACUCGUCCACCACCUUCACGGAGCUACCAGCAGAUGUGUUCCGCGCUCUCAUCACCGCGGUGGUUGAGACAGUGGGAGGGUUCACGUUCAGCAGCAAGGACUCAGCCGCCCACAGCCUCAUGUGCUAUAUCAACACGGAGAUCGCCACCAACGACCCUGCAGCGUUCUUCCAGCGCUUCCCAACCGUCACGCUGCAUCUAGCAGGCGAUGCGGAUUUCCUCGUCCUCCCUCAGACCUACCUCCUCGCUUCGCCACCUGACGGCCUGGCGUGCUUUGCGAUAGGCAGAUCACCCUCCCUCAGAACUGUGCUCGCAGAGUCAUGGCUGCGCAACAAGUACAUCUGGAUCGAGCGGCAGAAGGGCGUCAUGGCAUGGACCGAUGUCAACUGCACAACCAAUGAGCCACUUGUUGCCACGCCACCACCAACUUCCACCCCUGCUCCUCCUCCUCCCCCCCCCUCUCAUGCCCUACCUUCCCCCAACCCACGGAUCCAUGCGCCCUGUUGCUCCCCCCCCUCCCCCCCCCCGUUGACUCUUCCCCUCCCCCCGUUGACUCUUCCCCUCCCCCCGUUGCCUCACCGCCUCCCCCUCUUGCCUCUCCCCCUCCGCCCGAUUCCUCCCCUCCACCUCCCCCUGUUUCUCCCCCCCUCCUCCGCCCUCCCCUCCCCCCGAAUCUCCUCCGCCUGCCUUCCCCCCGCCCGCCGCCUCCCCUCCCCCCCUUCUCCCCUCCCCUUCUCCUCCUCCCCCUCCCCUCCUCCUCCCUCCCCUCCUCCCCCUUCCCCUCCUCCCCCUUCCCCUCCUCCCCCCUCCCCUCCUCCCCCUUCCCCUCCUCCCCCAUCCCCUCCUCCCCCCUCCCCUCCUCCCCCUGACCUCUUCCCCCCUCCCCCUGGCCUCUCCCGCCCCCCAUUCCUAAUCGCUGCCCCCAGCCCUCCCCUAGACCCUACACUCCGCCCCACCCAUGGCUCUAUGCGCUCACCACCUAUCGCCCCUCCCCCGCCCGACGCACCAGCCUCGUCCCUCAACCCACCAAGCCCGGAUUCUCCACCAUCCUCUCCUCCCGAGACCUGCACAGCUGUGUCUGCCUCAGACUGUGAUUGUUUCUUUGAAGGGAAUGACGGGUCGAUCCCCUCUUUCCCUCUCGCAUCUGCUCUUCCUGACUCUCCUCUCUCGCCGAAUCUCCUCUGUAGGGUGGGCUUUGGAGCGGAGGUGGUGUGCGGGGGCAGUGGAGCUCAAGUGGAUGCUAGCAAUCAGUUCUACUUCGUUGGCUCGUCCAACGCACGCACACUCUCCCUUCGCCCCUUCCCUUUCCACCUUUCCUCCUUUCCCGUCGCCCCUUCGUCCAACCCCUCUCCGUCCGCUCCCCUCCUCCCCUCCCCCGCUCUCCCCCCCCCCUCUCACUCUUCCCCCAAGCAGCGGGUUGGCAGCACGGACAUUCCAGCCGCCCUUGGGGUCAGCAGUUUAUGCAGGGGCAACGGUGCGAGUCACCUUCUCCUCAUGCAGCUCUCCUCCGCCUCCAUGCAACUUAACCUCAACGCCGGGGAUCCCACCGCUGCUGUGGCUCUUGCCGAGGACCGCCGAUGCGCCCUCUUCUCUCUCUCCUGA